AUGGCCAUCUCAGGGACUGUACAGGCCUUGAUCGCGGCCUUCUUCUUUGGUAUUCUUGUUAAUACGGCGUCGGCUGGGCUCUUUCUCUACAUUAAAGGCCAUGGCUCAACAAUCUUUCGGGACGGCCUGAGGCUGGCCCUCAUCUUGUUCCUAGCAUCAUCGGCCCUAUGGGCACAGGUUGAGUUUCUUGCUACUUUGAUAGACUCGACUGCAUCUUCAACUUGCCAAGCCGCCGUCAGCAUUUCGUCGCUUUUUGAUCAGCUUGCACGCGUAUCGAUCGAGCAAUUCCUCAUCUGGGCAAUAGCAAAGGAUGGGCGGAAGUCGGCGGCUGGACUAGCAACCCAAGUGCUCUUGCUCGCACGUUUCGUCGUGGGAAUGGUCUUUGUGGGCGUGACUAAACCACAAUUCAACUCCACUUGCGUGCCGCUGUCAAGCAUAGAACCAGUUGCCAUCACGGUCAUUGCUCUGGAUGCCGUGAUCCUGACAGCCAUUGCUGCGCUUGCUUUGAGCGCCAGGUCUGGCAAGACGGUCCUUCUUAUCCUGGCAGCUCUUGCUAUAUGGAUGGGGACAAGCGUCACUUUGCUUCUUGGCAUGAGCACGAUUGACAUGUUCUUUAGAACCACUCUCCCGGCUAUUGGACUACUCAUACUGACAUCCUUGGUGACAAUACUAUCUAGUAUUUUACCCACGACUCAACCACGACGACCACUGACUCCGGAUUCACCAACACCGCAAACCAUGAAUAGGAAUUUGGACAUUUCCACAUCCAGUUCUGAUGAGUAUCCGCCAUCACGAUACGCCGAAGUGAAGGGAACGGGAAGCAUGGUGGUGACCGGAUUUCCAGACUCUGAACUGGCGCCCAAGAAUGGCAACGCAUCAACGCUGCCUACCCUCGCGCGUCCUGUUACUGGUGUGACGGGCAUCGGUGGUGUUCCCGUGCGAGGGCAAUUGUUCCCUCCGCCACGAUCCAAUACGGUAGAUCAGGUCACAUUGCAAAGUGAGGUGCGAACCCGAAUCGACUUGCCACAACGAAGCAAGUCGAACCCCCCUCGCAAGAUGACCAAGGGAAAACUGGUCAUCUCUGCUCCAAUUCCGAUCGAUAAGCCCGAGACGCAGGAUGCUUUCAACAAGAUUCCAACUAUAGAUCUCGCGACUGCUGCCAAGAAUGAGCAAGAGAGGAGGGAUGGAUAUGCCCGGAGGAAAUCAGCAUUAAUAGCAAAUAGACCAGCUCCAAAGCCUCCGGUCAUGCAAAAGGAAGAGCCUUCGAUGCGUUCCACGGGUAUCAAGCGCCAGGAAAUUGAGCAAGAGUCUUUCACGGAAAUUGGUCGCACAAACUCGAACAAGACAGCAAAAAGCGGUGGUCUGUCUGUCGAAGGAAACGCCUCGUCUUCUUCUGCUCAGCUAUCACCAGGAAAUGAAGAGCUGAGAAGAAGGUCCCCGCGACAGGUCAUGCCGACCGCGAUACCAGCAAAGACUCCAAACAAGGCCUCGACUUUCCAACCCAUAACUCCGGGCCAGCCGUUCCGUAUUCCUAUUCCUCGCGCGCAGCCACCACCGGAACCAGCGCCAGUCAAAGUACCUGAGCCUGUGAAAACGCCUCUUCAGAGACGACCGACGAAUGGCCUGCCCUCCAACCCACGUGCUCAGACAGUAAAGAGGACCUCUGAAGACAGCGAGACCGAACAAGGCCAGACUGUCAUGUUUAUCAACAAGAUCACCUACGAUGAUCCCACCUAUGUAAACGACAUAAUCCAGGGCGCCACAGCUACCAAGACACCACGCUCGCCACUGAAAUCCUCCAACUCGGUUGUCCACCGCCCGCGCCCAAUUCCGCGAAAGGGCGACAAAGACCGUUUGGUGUUCCCAGCAGAAGUGUCAGCAGGGCAUAGACGAUCAAAAUCGGCGGGUUCCAUCCUGAACAGACGGUCGAUUCUCCAAUCACAAGCAGGAAGCCCGACCCAAUUGCCACCACUUCCCCCGCCACCACAAAGCCUUGGAGAGGUCCAAAGGCCCCAUCCAAAUGAUACCAAGAGCAUGACAUUUGACGAAAAGAUGUCCUUGUUCUAUACCGGACCCCCCAGUGCAUCGUCCGUUGCCUCGACACCAAUGAUGAAGAGGAGGUCCUCGGUGCCAGAGAUGCCCCCUUUGCCUCCGACAUUACCACUUCUCAAUGGCUCGCCGCUCACCCAGAACGCACCCAAAAUUGAUGGAGAGCGCAGAUUCACGCAGACGACAGCUACUGAUCGCACCAGUAUUCGAACUCAGAGCAUUCUUGGCGUUGGAGACUAUGAAAGCAGGGACAUCUCUGAAACGAACACAAUUGUGGUGGAUGGAUUGAGCACCUUUAGGUCACCUGGCGUUGUCCCAACUAAUGACGCUGCUCUUGACAUGUCUGAUAACAGGCGACAGUCUUCACCAGUCAUUCCUGUUCUGCGAUACUCGAGUUUGACUGCAUCUACUGUGGGAAGGACACACGAUGAUGGCACGACCGACUGGGGAUCAGUACAUUCACCAGUCGCCGCAAUAGACAUGUCGGCUACUCGCCUCAAUGUACGGUCAACAUACAUCAAGAAGGACUCCAAAGUACCGUCCAUUUUGAGCGGGUUUGGAGAUGAGGUGAUGACAGUGAUGCUUGAUACAUCAUCGGAACAUUCGACAGCUAAUCGACAGUCCUUCUUCCUCGAUGACGAGUCAGUACCUGAUGUGCCACAGAUUGAGCAAAGGCUGUCCAAAUGGCAUCACCGUGUUGGUGAGGAAUGUCCCACUUUCUCGACUAGAAAGGAAAGGGUCAAGUCAAGAAAGAUGCCUCCACCUACGCCACUACUCUUGCGUACAGCCAGCCAGAAGGGCGCUGUUGUCAUACACACUGCUGAACCCUCACCAAUGGAGUCACCAAACGCAGCUUACAACAAGAUUCAGGCACAGCUACAAAGGUUUGAUGAGCCCAACCGAGAUUCGAUUGGUAGUGAGGGCAGGCGGAUGGCCCUCCUCGAGGACUUGGAGCUUGAAAUGGGUCAACAGGAGAGCCGCUGGCAGACUAUGCAGAAUAACCUGGAUCGCGACUCGAUAUCUACCUUGCAGACUGAUUCUCGACCAAUCUCGAUCUACAGCCCAGCAAAAUCAAGCACCCGCCCGCAGUCUAUCUCUUCAGCGCUUGCUGAGCGCAGAGCCUCCCGACGUGCUCGCCUGAGCAGGGCUAAUGUGUCAAAGGAAGACCUUGUGACUGCUACUCGAGCAUCAUUGGCCUAUAAUUCUGGAAGCCAGCGCGAGAGUAUAUUCCAGAUGCGCUUAGCAGCAGCCGAAUUGGAACUUGCAGAGAAUGCCCCAGAGCUAUUGAUGAGCCGCAGCAGCUUGAAUUUUUUCACUAUUUCCAAGGCUGAUCUCGGCAGCCCUACGCCUCCGGAAAGCGACACUUCUGAUUAUGAGAUGGAAUUUCAAGCUCAACUUCUGAGUGCCAGGACAUAUGAGCCGCCUGCUACUAAGCAAAUCUCUCACUUGUGGCAGCCCAAUCCGCCCAAGAUCCGAUCCGCAGCCGGGCUGAUGUGGGAAGCACCUAUCCAGGGACCAGAGUCCGAAGAUCCGGUGGAGUUGCCGGGAUUGUCUGUACGCCCGGCGAUCAGAAAAAGUGCAGAACCCCUCAAGAUUUAUAGCACUAGGUUAUGGCAGAAGCCGCUCUCAUCUGCCAAGUCCGAACGUAGCGUUGGUCUAUGGGGUCAAAAGACACCGCAGCCAUCCUCUGAGCCUGCGAAGCCAGUCAAAGCUCGCCCUCUCACCCAGCGCCCGCCUCGACGAAGCAAACGUGUGACGCUUCUUCCAGAUAUUCUCGAAAGCCCGGAACCUCUGCCGGAUAAGCGUGGCACGCUCGGUAUCUUCCAGUUUCCCUGGGGCGAGCGCAGCGCGAAUGCCACCGUGCAGCCGCGCCCAAGCCAGGUUUUCAUGGCCAUGCCAGGCACAAUGACCAGUGGUGGACCACGAAUCAGUGCCUCUUUGGAGGCCCGGGCGAGGCAGCUCGAGGCGGACGAGUACGAAUCGUCCUUCUUCGAUGACUAUGAUGAAGAAGACGAAGGCGACAACUUCGACGACGAAUAUGAGGACAGCGGUGACGAAUUCGAUGAAAAUACUCUCUGGGAGAUUGCUGGAUUGCUUCAAACCAGUGUGCCGUCAAGAGAGAGCCUGUUCCCAUCGGAAUUUAGUCCAUCGGUCAUCGAUGACUACAUGGCUGAGCGAACAUCGGAAGAUCAACUUGAAGAAUACGACGAAGACUUCAACAUGGUGUCUGAAGAGGAUGCAGUCAGAGAAACGAUUGCACUGUUUCCAAAGCCUCAUGAUGAAGUUACCAAGACCUUCCUAUGGGAGUUUGACACCAAGUCUGGGGCUUCUCGUGAAAGCUUUGGUCUAACUCAGCCAGCCGACGAUGUGUGGCAAAGCUACAUCCCAACGGAUGCCGAGGCAGUCAGACUGCGAAGUCAGUUUUCGGAUCCAGCAAUAACACUUGAGAGCAAUCAGCUAUGGAUGCCUGCUUCACUGAAGACUUAUGGCAAGCCUUUGCUUUGGACCCCUCAUUCAAGGUCUUCUGGAACUGGACACCACCUCGGCCUGCCUCAACCAGAUCUGGCAAUCUGGUUGGAAUACAUGCCUGGCCCCGAAGUGCUUACACGAUCGAAUUCGCGUGUUGAAGAGCCUGCCAAGAUAGAGAGUACUUCACUCUGGACUCCUGUAGCGACUACCCCUACGUCAAGGACCUCACUGCUUUGGGCCAGCCCACUGCUAGAGCUCAAAGUUCCAGAGACUACUUCCGCAAGACAAGGUAAUGACGUAGAGCACCAAAGACGGAGCUUCAUGUGGGAGAAACCCAUUCUACUUCCCCAAGCCCACCUUGAUGGCCUCUUCAAUGCAAAGACUGCUCGAGCCGACUUUCGAAGAACAUCAGCUACCCCUCCUGCGGCUGCCAUGAUCAAGAAGCCGCGUACUAACAAGGAACCUCUCCAGACACUCACAACACGAGGUCUGUGGAAGAAUGUUCCAAAGCUAGUUGCACGUUCAACAGGAAAGCGCCAAACCCUGUGGUCUUCGACUUCUGUCCGUGUUGCAAAUACAACAACUCUAUUCCAGCUCGAUGUCACCCGUAAGACUUACAGGACCACGACGGUCGAGCCAGCAGCUCUGAAUAUGGUGACCAGGCCAAGAAAGUCAAAUGCUCCGCUCCCCAGACUCGAGACAUCGAGCUUCUGGAAGGCAACGGAUGAUAAGAAAGCCAAAGUCAACUGGAUCAAGCUGUGCUCAUCCAAGGUGACUGCUAGCAAGCCCGCUACAUCCUCUCAAGGUCUCUUCAAGAUGGACUCGACUAGAAAACAGUGGCGCACGACAUCAGCUUCCCCUGCCGCGUUGGACAUGACCACAAAGUCACGUUCGGUCGAUGCACCUCUGCCGCAGCUGGAGUCUACCCGUCUCUGGUCACCCACUCGUACUGCAUCUGUUGAAGCUGACUGGAUUACAAUCUCUUCGGUGCGACCCAGAAGCCCCUCGGUCGCAUCUAUCGCGUCUACAAGCUCUGCACUGCCCUCUCCUGUCACGGAUGCAUCCUCUAUUAGGACGACUAGCACCAAGGCAUCAACUAUUGCACCAUCGGUUUCUAGCAUGUUCGGUUUCCGUGGCUUCUUUGGAAGAAAGAAGGCCGAGCCUGAGAUCCCAAGCACCCCCGAGGAUGCUGCACUACCGCAAAUCCCCGAGAUACCAGAUGAGGCUUUCAUCGUGAAGAACCUGGAUGAGGUGCCUCGCAAGAAGGUUGUGCGCACACCGAAGCGCUCAGUGCGUCGCCCAAGCAUUGUCUCUGAGAAGGACUGGGAUGCGGCUCUGGAGGAGGCCAUCAAGGCCAGCCACAUCGCUCCCAAGAUUGUGCGCAGGCCGUGGUCACCCAAGGAAUGGUCAAUGGCUCUCAACGAAGCCAUUUCCGCCAGCUACCCCAACAACCGCUUCUCCCGGGGACAGGUCCUCCCCGCUCAGUGGGAUGAGGAGCUUCGUGAGGCCAUUGCUCGCUCCCAACGUCCUGCACACGACGUGUCCACCCGUCAUCCCGUCUUCUUUGGCUCAAUGACAACAACAGCCACUGAUGUGCACCCUGCCAUGUACGGGUCCGUGAAGGGCACUCCCACACUCGCUCAAACUAGCUCUAAGCAGCCACUUCUCUGGUCCGAAUCAGUGCCGUCCUCAUCGAACCUUGCUGCGAAUAUGUGGGCACCUCCCGCAGGCCAGCCCACAAGCCAUACAGCUUCGAGCUUGCCUGAGGUACCAUGUGCUUCAGCCCGCAAGCAGACCAAGACGCCUCCCUCCACGAUUCCGGUGCCGAGCUUCACUGGCCAAGACAUGUGGAAGCGCCAGGGCCCACCAAGCAAGCAGCGCGAUUGGCUUGACGACACAAUGAAGAAGCGUUUCACGCGCGUCGAACUGAGAUACUAG